GAACCUCUCUCACAACAAGCUAGUCGGAAGCAUCCCUUCAAAACUUGACUUAAUGAAGAGUAUGGUAACCCUGGACCUGAGUGACAACCAUCUCUCUGGUGACAUCCCUGCAGAGCUAGGCUCCCUUCCCAGUCUCGUAUUCCUGUCCCUGGCCUGGAACUAUCUUUUCGGCAGCAUACCCGCCAGCAUCACCAACCUUUCCACUGAAAGCCCCAUCGACCUCUCCCACAACUACCUCACAGGCCCCAUAGUGAACCCUGCUGGCUUUCGUGCAGACCUAUCCAGCAACUACCUCUCGGGCGUUCUAAGCGAGGAGCAGAGUUCUGUCUCGCUGGGAGCCAACUGCUUCACCGCUUCACCUGCGGGGGCCACCUGGCUGGCACCGCAGCGGCCCGAGGCAGCCUGCCAGGCGUUCUGUGGGAUCUCCAUGCGCGCUGAUGCUGUUGCUGGUGGUGCUGCGUGUGGUGGCCAUGGGCUGUGCUUUCCCGUCGGGGAUAGCUUGGACCCCAUGUGCUGGCUCGGUCCUAACCCCCCGGCUGGGCAGGAACAUUUCCCGCCAGCAACCGUGCUCACCAAGGGGACGAGGAAGGAAACCAAAGGGGCGUUCACAGAAGCACCAGUGACCCUGUUCGUGUUUGAGAAAGGCCGGGAGGACCAAGGGUGCGGGUUCGAGCUGCCCUUUAAUGUCAACUUCACCUUCUCCCUCUCGCCCAAAGGCAAGGCCGCUUCGAACGGGUUUGCGUUUGUGGUGUCGGCGACAACCACAUUGGGGAGCAGCGAUGGAGUGGGGUACGGCGGGAUGGACCCUCGCAGCAUGGCGAUCGAGUUUGACGUCCUUCAGAACAAGCCGCACGGCGACAUGAAAGAGCAACACGUGGGGCUGAAUAUCAACGGGCAGGACAAGUCCAUUGCUGCUGUGAAGUCCCCGUUCCCGCUGGCCAACAAGCAGGCAUACACGGCAUGGGUGGACUACGAGCCUGACGAUCCCGGCACCAUUCAGGUCUUUCUGGCAAAGGAGACGGUGACACGGGCAGGGAAGAGGCUAGUGAAGAGGACGGUGAAGCCGGUCAAGCCGGUGCUGGAGAGGCGGCUGUCGCUGUGCGAGGUGCUGCGGGGAGGGGAGGAGGAGCAGCUGCAGGCGUUCUACUUUGGCUUCGUGUCGUCCACCACUGUGAAGCCGUUCAUGAGCCAAGUCAUUCUAAAGUCUGCCGUGCACACAGGUUACUAG